AUGCAGCAAGGUCAUAAGAUGCACAGCGAACAUGUCCAACAGAGCGUCCCGUCGAGGGUCUCUCAUGCGCCCCCUAAAAAGGCCGUCGAUCCUCUAGUACAUCUAUUAGCUGGCGCAAUUGGUGGCUUUGCCACUGCGAUUGUAACCUCACCACUUGAUGUUCUAAGAACGCGCCUUCAAUCCGACUUCUACCAAUCCAGCUCCCGAUCUUCGUCCUCAACCGCCAUCCCAUCAAACACAAACCACAAGACCCUGCGAAUAAUUGGCAAUAUCUACAAAGCCGAAGGCUGGCGGACAUUCUUCCGCGGCCUCGGCCCCAGCCUCGCAGGCGUAGUCCCCGCCUCCGCAAUCAAAUUUUACGUCUACGGCAACUGCAAGCGUCUCGGCGCCCACGUCCUCAGCCUCCCCGACGACUCGACCAUCGUCCACGCUCAAGCAGCCAUCAUUGGUGGCUUCGCAACCGCCACAGCAACUAACCCCAUCUGGCUCGUGAAGACCCGGCUACAGCUUGACCGUGCCCAGUCCACAACCGGAACCCGCCGCUACCGCAACAGCCUCGACUGUGUGCAGCAGGUCCUGCGCCAGGAAGGCAUCAGAGGCCUGUACAGGGGUCUUAGUGCUAGCUACCUCGGCUCCGCCGAGACAGCGCUCCAUCUGGUCUUGUACGAGCGACUGAAGACCAUUCUGGCGAAUUCUCUCGGAUCGCCGGAUGGCAAGGAUACGGCUACCCAAAAGGAGAUUACGAGCUGGAUUAGUACGACAGGUGCGGCGGGCUCGGCCAAAUUUGCUGCGGCUCUCAUCGCAUAUCCGCAUGAGGUUAUUCGAACGAGAUUGCGUCAAGCGCCGAUGGAAAAUGGCCGCCCCAAGUACACCGGCUUAUUGCAAUGCUUCAAGCUGAUUGCGAAGGAGGAAGGAAUGGCUGGUCUUUAUGGAGGAUUGAUGCCGCACAUGGCACGUUCGAUCCCGUCGGCCAUCAUCACACUGGGAGUUUACGAGUUUGUCCUACGGGUUUCGGGUGCGUCGUGA